UUUCUCUCACUCACCGUCUCUUCGCUCUCCACUGUCUCUCUCUGACGGAGACACUCUUCUCCGAUUCAGAUUGCGUUUUCUUCUCCGACUCGCCGCAGCAAAAAAAAAAACCCUUCUUUAUAUAACGAGGUGAGAGGUAUCUUUCUCAACUUAAGCAUCGUUAGAUGGAAGCUCAGUUUUGAUCAUUAUCCAUUAGGGUUUUGCUCAUGUUCUUACAAGACCGUUCCUUCUUGAGUCUUACUGUCUUGUUUUCUCGUGUUAGUGAAGAAAAAAUCUUGAAUUUCGUAAGACAAUGGACAAGAUCAGCGAGUUACCUGAUGAGCUGCUGGUGAAGAUACUAUCCUCUGUUCCGACAAAGGUUGCUGUCUCCACCAGCGUCUUGUCCAAACGAUGGAAGUUUCUUUGGAUGUGGCUGACUAAACUCGAGUACAGUGAUGAUGAAGGCAACUCAUUCCUUGUAGUCCGAGACUUCAUCAACAAGAACCUCCCCUUACACAGAGCUCCCCUCAUAGAAAGGUUGUGUCUUGAGCUAUGGGAGGAGGAGUCCACAAAAGUUAACCAUGAAGAAGAUAUCAAACUCUGGGUUGAAACUGCUGUUUCUCGCUGUGUCCGUUACCUGGAAGUUUCUUAUAAUGUAAACAUGCUUCCAAGUAGCUUGUUUACUUGCGAAUCGCUCGUGGUUUUGAAGCUCAGAUACUUGACUCUCAAGGAUGUUCCUUCUACGGGUUGUUCUCUUCCAUCUCUGAAGACUUUGCAACUCAAAAGUCUGACGUACGUAGGUGUAGACUCGCUUCAGAACCUUCUGUCUAUGUGUCAUCAUGAUGUUCUCGAAGAAGUCAAGGUGCGUUUUAUCGAAGAUGAGUAUCCGCAAAUGUUCACUGUUAUCUUCCCGUUGCUGCACAAGUUGUCACUCUCUUUACCUGACUGUGAAUGGGACAUCGAUGAGUAUGAGAUAGAUACUCCUUGUUUGCAGCAUCUCAAACUCAAGGAUCGGAAUCAGAGUCGUUGGUUGUUUAAGAAGAAUAUGCCUGAUCUUAGUGAAGCGUAUGUCCAUGUUGAAUCCUAUGCUCUCGAUAGUGUUAUUGGAGUAAUCACAUCUGUCAAGCAUCUCACCGUAUGCUCAGAGGUCCGGGAGGAUUUGUAUUACGGUGGUCAUGGUUUUGUGUUCCAUCAGCUUGAACAUCUGGAGCUGUGCGUGUGCAAAGAUGAUUCUCUGAAUCUCCUUGCUCAGUUCCUCAAAGAUUCGCCUAACUUACGAGUGUUGGACAUCUCUAUACUAGAUCUGAGCUGUGUUCCUGAAUGCAUGCUGCCGAGUCUACGAGUUUUCAACUGGUCAAGAUACGUUGGGAGACCGCGAGAUAGAGACAUUGCGGUUUACAUCUUGAGAAACGCACCCAGCUUAAGGACAGCAACUUUCAGGUUUGAUGCAGAUGUUCCGAACCUUAAGAUACUCAAGAUGGAGUUGGCGGAUUUCCCUCCAGCUUCAAGCACAUGUGAACUCAUGUUUGUUGAGAGUCUAAUCUGAGACUUGAAAGAAUCAUCCAUUUUAGAUGUUUCAUUUUGUCAAUAAAUAGAAUUCUUCUAGUUUCUCAUCUCUUCUCGUGUUUUUAUUUGUAAUAACACAAGUUUGACUAUGUAUUCAAUGAGUGAAUUUGUAUGGCAAAACCGAAUCAUCUUUGAAGCU